UUUUUUCAGCCGAAAAAAUUACAGUUAUCAAAGAGGAAGUAAUGGAUGAUGAUGAUGAUUAUCUUUUUGAUAUAAGCAAUGACGAUAUAACAGCAAUAGAUUCGACCGCUAGCGGCAAAUUAGCGGAGAUGCUUGGUCUUGACGAUGUUAACAUAAAACGUAAGAAGAAACGCAAGAAAUCUGAAAAGUACGAUGAUUGCGACGAUUUACCGCUAAAGUUGCCAUCCGACGUUCGAAUCAAGAAGGACAAGGAACAAAACGGCUCACUAAGCGUCAGCGACAACUCCAAGCACAUUUACAACGUGAAAAAGAUCCUGAAAUACUCCAAUUGCACGCCAUUCUUCAAUAAAACCCUCAGUGGGAUAGUAUGCGCCUAUUGCAAGCUCACGUGCGCCAAUAUAAAGGAGCUGCGAGCCCACAACGAAGAAAAUCACAAGAAGAUAUACUUGGACCACAAAAGACUCGAUAAGAGCAACCUGGCCGUCAAAAUGGACAUCGCAGACCUGCAGUGCUCGCUGUGCAAGAAGACCAUGGAAAAUAUAUCGAAUCUCAAGAAACAUCUAAUGAGCGAGCACAGCCAGAAAUUCUAUCCGGACCUCUACGAUUACAUAUUCGAGUUCAAACUGACGGACGACGAGAUACUGAACUGCGCGCUCUGCCACUCUACGUUCGAGACCUUCAAGAUGCUCCUGCAGCACAUGAACGGACACUACCGGAACUACAUAUGCGAAGUUUGCGAUAUGGGCUUCAUCAACCAGCACAGGCUGAAGAAUCACAAACGGACCCACGAGAUCGGCACGUUCAAAUGCUCGUACUGCGACAAGGUCUUCAGCACGAGGGUGCGGAAGAAGUGUCACGAGAAAUACACCCACAAUUCGAGCGCCAGAUACACCACGAUGUGCCCACACUGCGACAAGUCGUUCAACAGCUACUACCAACGCAACCGGCACAUGUUCGACGAGCACAACAUAGCGGCGGCGACCUACAAAUGCAACGUGUGCGACAAGUCCUUCAUUCUGAAGUCGAAACUGACCUCCCACAUUAAGAAAGUGCACCUCAUGGAGCGAAAUCACAUAUGCCCGGAUUGCGGGCAGGGUUUCUUCAUAAAGCAAUCGCUAGAUGAGCACAUGGUCAAGCAUAAUGGCGAAAGGGUGUUUAAUUGUACGGUGUGCCACAAGUCGUACGCGAGGAAAAAGACCCUACGGGAACAUAUGAGGAUACACAAUAACGACAGGCGGUUCAAGUGUGGUGUGUGCGGGUACGCGUUCGUGCAGAAGUGCAGUAUGAAGAGCCACAUGCUCUCGAACCACGGGAUGUCGUUGACGGAGUUCGAGAACGUGGCCAAGGACGUGAUUGGUGCGGGCGUGCAGUGAUUUGCGUUCGCGCGGUUCUGCAUCGCGCUGGUGAAGAUUUUUUUACGCGCGAUUAAUAGCUUCACUUGUACUUUGAAUUUUGGUCACUAACGAUCAAGGUUUGUACAAUUAUCAAUGGUGCGGUGAUAAUGCAAUAAUUUCAUGAGUUUAGUUUAUUAUCUUGAAUUGGAUUUGUAGGUGGGAUCGCCAGGAUAUAAUAAUUUUCUUAUGUAUAGCAAGUGAUAAGAUUUAGUUGAUUGUAUUAAAAUCUAUUUAUUUACUUUUUACUCACUGACACUCAGUCAGUGGCGUAGCUAUCAUAGGGCCAGGUGGUGCAGUGCACCAGGGCCUCGGAGCUCAGGGAGCCCU